AUCUCCUCUGAUCUGUAUCAAACUUUCCCGACACGCCAGACUCCCCCCGCCCCACAGGUAAACCGGGAAGCGUGUAGCUCAGAGUGGGAUUUCCCUGCCGGUGACUGCCGGGCUCCCCGGUGCAGUGGGAUUUCCCUGCUCUUUGGGUCACUCCGGCGGCUCCACUUCCCCCUAACUCACGGCGCUGGCUGGGCUCCACCCCUGCGAGUGUCGGCGGCCGCUGUGCGUGUAUGCGAGGAAGCUGCUGCCGGAGCCGCUGGGGAGCGGAGCCCGGGACACCCCAGCAGUCACCUUAUGAAUUACUGAAGUCAUUUAAAACCAACAAUGCCAAGGAGCUGGUGACAUCCCCGUUGCAGCUAUGGAUUUGGAUAGAUCCUCUGUCUGGGGAUCCCUGAAACAGAAGACCAGGCCUUUGUUACAAAACUUCAGCAUAAAGAGGACAAAGAAAAGCUGUAGAAAAAUGGUGGAUAUAAGGCAAAGGCAUUCCUUGGACCGACGCCUCAGCGUAUCUGUGCCUGACAAACUGGAGAGUGAGUCUUUCACAGACGACGAAACUACUUAUUCAGGUUCCCAGGCCUUGUCCACCUAUAUCCCCAGCACUCUUUCCAGCUCGGUCAUGUCUCUCAAGAGCAGCAGCUCUUCUUUGAAAAGGGCAGGAGAGGACCUGCAAUGGAGACAGCAGGAAUCUGUGCACACGGAAAUCAACAUUAUUGAAACAGAAACGGAAGUCAUAUGUGGAUCAGAACCCAGACAGAAAUCCAGCAUUGACUUCUUUGCAUUGCUGCAGAGAGCACGCCUGAGUGGUGAUCUGACAGAAGAAAUGACUGAGCAUCCAUGUGAAGGGAUAGAUCUGGAAUCUUCAGUGUCCUCUCAGCUUUUUGAUGAACAAAUUGCUCUUGAGGAAGGAAAUGACUGUUUGAGCAGCUUGCCCAGCUCUUUUGCUUACCUACUGACAAUACACCUGAAAGAAGGCCGGAACCUGGUCAUUCGGGAUCGCUGCGGUACAAGUGAUCCAUAUGUGAAAUUUAAAUUGAAUGGAAAAACUCUGUACAAAAGUAAGGUCAUCUAUAAAAACCUAAAUCCUGUUUGGGAUGAAACUGUUGUGUUGCCAAUACAGACUCUUGAUCAGAAGCUCCGGGUCAAGGUAUAUGAUCGAGACUUAGCCUCCUCUGACUUCAUGGGAUCUGCAUUUGUGGUGCUCAGCAACCUUGAGCUCAACAGAACUACUGAACAGAUUUUAAAAUUGGAAGAUCCAAACAGUUUAGAAGAUGAUAUGGGAGAGAUUGUGUUAAACUUGAGUCUAACAGUCAAGCAAGGAGACUUCAAGAGAACUAGAUGGUCAAAUCGGAAGAAACAAACUUCAUCCAAGUCAAGUUUCAUACGAAAUGUGCGACUGUCUGAAUCCAUGCGAAAGAACGAAAUAUGGAAUGGAAUUGUGACGAUCACUUUAUUGGAAGGGAAGAAUAUCCCAGGAGGGGGCAUGACACAGAUUUUUGUCCUGUUAAAACUGGGAGAUCAAAAAUAUAAAAGCAAGACACUGUGUAAGAGUGCAAAUCCUCAGUGGAGGGAACAGUUUGAUUUUCACUACUUCUCUGACAGGAAGGAUAUGUUGGACAUUGAGGUCUGGGGAGAGGAUAACAAAAAGCAUGAGGAGCUUUUGGGAAUGUGUAAAGUGGAUAUUACUGCGCUACCUAGCAAGCAGACCAACGUUUUAGAAGUGCCGGUGGAGAAGCAUCUGGGGUCUCUGCUAAUGCUAAUUGCUGUUACCCCCUGUUCAGGAGUUUCUAUCUCUGAUCUGUGUGUCUGCCCCUUGGGAGACCCCAGUGAAAGGAAACAGAUUUCCCAGCGCUAUUGUAUAGAGAACUCCCUUCAGGACAUGAAGGACAUAGGCUUCUUACAGGUCAAUUUAAAGGCAGUCGACCUCUUGGCAGCAGAUUUUACAGGUAAAAGUGACCCUUUCUGUGUGUUAGAGCUGGGCAACGACAGACUUCAGACCCACACAAUUUACAAAAACCUCAACCCAGAGUGGAACAAAGUUUUCACCUUGUACUCCUAUAUUAUACAAAGAUGCAAGUUAUUUGGAAGAUGGAAGUAUGUAAUGUGCUUCAAUAAAGUUGAAAGCAAGAUUAGAAAUGGACAGCAGUGUUGUUAUACAUUGAAGAAUAAAGACCUGGAACUUGCUUCAAAAGGAGUAAUUUGCUUGGAGUUGGAUGUCCUAUUUAAUCCAGUAAAAGCAAGUAUCAGAACCUUCAAGCCACGAGAAAAGCGCUUCGUUGGAGACAACCGCAAGUUUUCAAAGAAGAUCUUAUCGAGAAAUGUUGAUCGUGUGAAAAAAAUCACCAUGGCAAUAUGGAAUACAAUACAAUUCCUAAGGAGCUGCUUUCUCUGGGAAUCUACACCAAGGAGUGUGAUAGCAUUUGUAGUAUUUGUGGUCACUGUUUGGCACAUAGAGCUUUACAUGGUGCCUCUGGCUUUGUUGCUGCUCUUUGUUUACAACUUCUCUCUGAUCACGACAGGGAAGGUCAGCAGUGCCCAGGACACCCAGGAGACCACAUACCUAGAUGAGGAUGAAGAUGAGGAUGACAAGGAAUCUGAGAAAAAGGGAUUAUUUAAAAGAAUCCACAUGGUCCAGGAUAUUGUUAUAACGGUUCAAAACAUCUUAGAAGAAAUAGCAUCGUUUGGAGAGAGAGUUAAAAACACAUUCAACUGGACAGUGCCUUUCCUGUCAGUUCUGGCCUGCUUGGUACUGACAGCAGCGACAGUUAUUUUGUAUUUCAUACCAUUGAGGUACAUUGUUUUAAUCUGGGGCAUAAAUAAAUUUACGAAGAAGCUUAGAAAUCCCUAUGCCAUCGACAGUAAUGAGUUACUAGAUUUCCUCUCCAGGGUACCAUCUGAUGUUCAAAAAGUGCAGCGCGCUGAAUUGAAACCAUACAGCAGCUCCAGUCCCCUCAGGAAGAAAUAGAGUACUCUGUAGGAUGCAGACAGUUUUUGGAAUGCAAUAUCCCCCUCCAUAUACACACGCAUACAUAUUUUUUCUCCCCACACCCUUUUUUUGGUUGAGAUGAACACUGUAAUAACUGCCAUGGAAGACAUACGUUUUCUGAUGUGCACCUGUCCUGGGCUGCCUUUCUUUUUGGCAUAGAGGCCUAGCCCAACCAGAGCGGGGCAGAACGCCGGGACAAAUUAGUGGGUGGAGAAGAGCACAAGCACAAGUUCCAUUUUUUAACUUGGAUUAUAAGGGUAAGACCGAAUGUCGCAGCUCUGCUUAUUUGUAUGUAGCAAGAUACAAUUCUGCCUAGUAUAGCAGAUCAGCUAAGCUGAUUUGAGGAGAUGCUCUGAACUAGUUUUUAACAUAUCCAACAGAUUUACAUUGAGAUACGAGAGCUAUUCUUUUCUCAUUUAAAUCAUAGCUCAUAGAAGGGUUUAAACUCUGAAUUAACAAGUCUUUGAUACCCUGCUUCUGUUCAAGCAGAGUAUAUUUUAGAAAAUUGUUAUCAUAAUUACCAGAAACAGCUAGAAGCUCCCACAGUAUCUCAAUUUCAUCCAGCGCUUGUGCUUUUUAAAACUGCUGUUAACUCCUUGAUGCCAGAAUUGCCUGGCAUGAGGUCCAUUGCUGGCAAUGGACACACCAGGAUCCACCACUGUGAAAAAGUUAGGAGAAUUUGCGGACCUGAAAAGACCAUAUUUCUUACUUGCUUAUUUAUAAUUCCAUCUCAUCAGAUUUUUUGGCAUAACUGUUGCUUUUGUCUAAAUCUAGAGAUGUUAACACUACAGCUCUUGAAGAAAAAUACUUUAUAGCCUUAAAAAUGCAUAAGCUUGGGUAGGAGGAGAGCACUCUGCCCAGAAUGGUGGUUGUAAAUAAUUUGCUUUGCUAUAAUAGCUCUCAAACGUUGGUUCAUUGACCACCAAUGUUCUGUGGAGUCUUUCCUGGUAGCUCACAGAAUGAAAUGGUAUGAGAUCCAAACAAUGAAGAACUGAUGUUUUGAUAGGAGAUGUGGGUCCCUGAGAAAAUUUCAAUUCUCCCAAUAAUGUAAGUCCUUAUAUAACAUUUCUUGUCCACAGAACUCAGUGCAUUACAAACUUGGAUAACCGUUGUUACUCAUUUCACAGAUGGGGAAAACUGAGGCACAGGGAGGCAAAAGACAGCACAAAUCCCACUGACUUUCAAGGAAACUUAUGCUGCUAAAUCACUUGAGUCAGUGUUGACUUAACUAGAAUCUAAGUCUCGUGACACCCCCUCAGCCUCCCAUCCACUGGCCUCCCCUAAAGUGCUUCACAGAAUAAAGAAACUAGAGAACCACAGGAUACAGAUGACUUGAAAAUGCAUUAUUUAGAAAUAAUCUGAUUAAUCAAUGGCUGUAAAUAUAGGCCUACCUUUAUUGGCAGACCUGUCUUGAGCAGAGUUAUAUCAUGGUAUCCUGCACUGCCACCAGCAAAAGAAAUAGGACCGUGAUAGUGAUAGCUAAUGGAUUAUUACUCAGAUUCAGUAAUUUUCUAAUCAUUUAUUUUUCGAAGGAGUUUUAACAAUGUUUACAUGCCUUCAUUGAAGGAGAGGAAAUUUUUUCAUACAAGAUUUAAUUUUAUAAAUAAGAUAUUUCACUGGGAUCUCAUGUUGUAGGUAUAUAUGGAAAAGUAGAAAAUAAAUUAGGCAUCUUUUUAAAAUGAAAUGUGUGUUGUGUACAUAGUAUACAUCAGGGGUCGUCAACCUCUGGCACGCGGCUUGCCAAGGUAAGCACUCUGGCGGGCCGGGCCAGUUUGUUUACC